AAAAUGGCGUCUUUUACGGGCUAGCGCUUAUCCGCCGCAUACUGAAUACCGUUUUCAAUAAUCGUGGGUGUAACUAUUUAUUAGUGAUUAUAACAAUUUGUGAACGACUAUUCAGUGUUUAAGUGCAUUUUUUUCCAUAACGGACUCACUGGAUAUUGUUUCAAUACAUCUAAACGAGCUCCCUCAAAGAGAUGCGCAGAGACACAGUGGAGAUAUAACACGAUGUGCGAGGUCGGAUGAGGCGCGAGCGCGCGCUCACGCGACGCGCAAACUAACAAUAUGUCGUUCUUCAAUAAUCUUAAGAAGGUGCUGCACCUGGGCAGCGGCAACGAUGCUAAGAAAAAGAAAGUGUUCAACAACAUUAGGGACAACAGCGAUCCCUCUGAGAACUGGGACAUGGUUGGCGAGCUCGGCGAUGGCGCGUUUGGGAAGGUAUACAAAGCCCAACACAAGACGACGGGCCAGCUCGCCGCCGCCAAAAUGUGCGUUCUCGACAACGAGGACGACCUCGCCGACUUUACCGUCGAGAUCGACAUACUGUCGGAGUGUCGGCACCCCAACGUCGUCGAGCUACACGAGGCGUACUUCAUCGACAACAAGCUGUGGAUGCUCCUAGAAUACUGCGACGGUGGCGCCCUCGACUCUGUGAUGGCUGAACUAGAAAAAGGCCUCAACGAAAUACAAAUAGCCUACGUCUGCAGAGAAAUGUGCAGAGGUCUGCAGUUUCUGCACUCGAGAAGAGUUAUACACAGGGACCUGAAGGCCGGCAAUGUGUUGGCUACCAUGACAGGAGGGGUUAAGCUGGCGGAUUUCGGCGUAUCAGCGAAGAACAAGUCGACUCUACAGAAGCACGACACGUUCAUCGGGACGCCGUACUGGAUGGCGCCCGAGGUCGUGCUCUGCGAGACCUUCAGAGAUCAUCCUUAUGAUUUUAAGGUGGACAUCUGGUCACUAGGUAUAACUCUAAUAGAGUUUGCGCAAAUGGAGCCUCCCAACCACGAGAUGACGCCCAUGCGAGUGCUGCUCAAGAUACAGAAGAGUGAACCGCCCACCCUCGACCAGCCAUCCAAGUGGAGCAAGUCCUUCAACGACUUCAUAUCUAAGGCUCUCGUUAAGGACCCAGAAAAAAGGCCGACGGCGGUAGAGCUGAUGAAGCACGAGUUCGUAAACGGGAAGUUAGACGCCAAACCUCUGCGAGAGCUGCUGCUGGAGUACAGAGCUGAAGUGGUGGAGGAGGAGCUGCUGGACGACGACUCCGAGGAGCCGCGCAGCUCUCAUAUCCCCAUGGAGGAAGAUGACUCCACCUCCGUACGCUCCGCCGACACGCCAGAUGUCAAGAUGUCGGAGGAGCACCCCGGCGCCGCCGCAACGCCCCGCGCCGCCACGCCGCCGCCGAGCACGCCGCCUGCCUCCACUCCGCCUGCCGCCACGCCGCCUGCCGCCACUCCGCCGGCCGCCACGCCGCCGGCCGCCGCCGCCGCCAAGCGCCCGCACGAAGACGAGCACCCGCCUGCCGAUAGGAAGCCGCCUGCACCAAAAAAAGAGAAAGGCCCAGCACCUCCACCCCCAUCAGCCACAGCACCACCCGCCGCUCCCGCCGUCACCCCCGCUCCCACCCCCGCUCGAAAGCAACCCGCCCCACCUCCUCCCGCCGCGCCAACCACACCCGUCACACCCGUAGCCGUCACACCCGUUACACCCGUCAGCGUGGUCACCCCGGUCAGUGCAGUGACUCCGGUCAGUACGGCGACUCCGGUCAGUAUAGUGACCCCCGUGAGUCCGGCGCCGCCGGAGGAAGCCACGGACACGGCAGCGCUGCCUGCUGCUGCCGCCGGCAGGCUUAUUGUGGACCAGGUAUGCAGAGACGCAGAAAAGGCAGUCGAAAACAAGACCACAGACAAAAAACAAGAAGUCGAAGACAAACCAAAGCAAGAAAAACAGACAGACAUUAAAACAAAUAUUAUUACAACUAAAACGGACAAAGAAAAAUUACCUAAAACCAAUUCUAUUGAAGAAAAAACAUCUAAAAGUCGACCCAACUCUUUACACGAGGUAAAUAAGAGGGAUAUUCAAGACAGGGAUAUAAAAAGAGAUCCCUUACAAGAUAGGGACCUUAAUAGAGAUAUAAAACAAGAAAAGGAUGUAAGAGAAAGAGAUGUAAAAAGAGAUUCUUUACACGAAAGGGAUAUCAAAAGAGAUUCCUUGGAGAAGACAGGGAUAGAAGUGAAUAGAGUUAGUGCAGAAGUUAGUCGGUUGGAGAAGAAUUAUUCUCGGUCCAGUUCUGUUGAUGAAGAGAGAGUCGAUAAGAGUAGAGAGAGAGAGAGGAGAACGCAACAUAAUGCUGUUGAAAUUAGGCCUGUUACGCCACCACAACCCAAAGAGCCGGACCCGCCUCUAUCACCAGCCCCGGCCCCCAUCGCCCCCAGCACAGUGGUGGUACACUCGGGAGUGGUGCUGGACGGCGCCGUGGUGGUGGUGGAACCGAACAGCCUGGCCGCCACGCCGGCGGGGCUGGUCACUGUCACCACCACCCAUCCGCCCGUGCUUAGUACUGCGGCUACUCUCCCGCCGAACGCAGUGACAAUAUCGACGACACCCCCCAUAGCCGACGAAGUGGUGAUCGUCGGAGCUGGCUCAUCAUCAGACGACGACUGCUUCGCGCCGUCAUCACUCGACAGCUUGGACUGCACACAUUAUAGUGAAAAAGCGAGAGGCCGUCGUUUAGAUAGCAGCGAGGUGUUGAUUCUAAGUCCAACGGCCGCCGCCACUGAUUCCGGAGUCUUCGAUGACAGUGUUACUAAUGGACUUAAUUUGGACACAUCGCACGUAUCAGUGGUGACAGUCGGUAACGAAGAGGUGCGGGUUCGAGACUCGGCUGCGACACACAUCGCCCUCGGUUCCGUCAGCACUAGGCUCAGUCCUGAUAGUUUUGAGAGCAUUCCCAGCAGGUCGCAGUCGGACAGCGGGUCGGUGGCGUCGCUGUCGUCGCGGGCGGCCGCCGACGCCGACUCGCUGGCGCCCGACACUCACGACUCGCAGCUCAAUGGCGGCACCAGAGUAAACACGGAUAGUCAGAAUUUGGAUAAUGGAGAGCCUGUAGUACUGAGAAGAAAGCAGCAAGACGGACAGCCUGUUAAUAGGAUACAGAGAUCUAAGGAGGAUAUCCACAUGGCCAACUUGAAGAAGAAGACCCGCAAGCGCACCAGGAAGUUUGAGAUCGAUGGCGUUAUAGUCACCACCACUACUUCCAAGGUGAUAUGGGGCGACGAAGAAAGCGGCCGCACGUGGGACGACCACGCGCUCCGCAAACAAGAGCUGCGCGAGAUCAAGAUGCUGCAGAAACAGGAGCAGAAGCAGUUCCAGGACCUCAACGCUAAGGAGAGCCAGCUCAGAGAGCAGCAGGAUAAGAGGUUCGAAGCCGAACUAGUGUCCCUAGGCCGAGCCCACGAGGCCGACCUCGAAGCCCUAGCGCGGGCCCAGCGGGCCUCCGCCGAGAGGGCCGAACAACAACUGGAGGCCGAACUCCGACACGCCGCCAAGCGCCUCCGCGCCGACCACGAGCGGGACCUGCGCCACUUCAGAGACACGCUCAAACAGGAGCUUAGGUUGCUCAAACAGGAAGUGGAACUAGUAGCGAAAGAGCGUCGCAAGGACGCGUACCGAGUGCGACGAGCUCGCCUGGACGCCGAACACGGCGAGCGCGAGCGAGCAUUCGUGGCCGCGCUCGCCGACGCCGGCGACGCCGUGCUGCGACGCAUACACGACGCGCAUAGAGAUAGGCAGGCGUUAGCUGAUACCCAGUACCUGCAACAGAGGCAUCAGAUAAUGCGAACCCGCGAAGCAGCCCUCUGGGAACUAGAAGAGAAGCAGAUUCACGAGCGUCACCAGCUCGCCAAGCGGCAGCUGAAGGACGAGUUCCUGCUGCGGCGCCAUCAGAUGCUGGUCAGGCAUGACAAGGAGCUGGAGCAGAUCAAACGGAAAAACACCCGCAAAGAGGAAGAGCUAGCGAAAGUCCAGGCUCUAGAAAAGCGAUCUCUGCCAAAACGCAUCCGCGCCGAACAGAAGGCCAGAGAGAUGAUGUUCCGAGAGUCUCUACGCAUCAGCGCUGUUAAUGCGCCGAGUCAUGAAGAUGAGCGGGAGAGGUUGAAGAAGUUCCAAGAGAACGAGAAGCGUCGUUACCGCGCAGAGCAGCAGCGCCUCGCGACGAAGCAUGCCAAAGCCAGGGAGGAGCUCAAGGCCGCUGGAGAGGCGUUACUCCGAGAAUUGGAACAAUACCAGAACGAGAAACGCAAAGCCCUCAUGAACCACGAGAGCAACAAGAUGAAGGCAGUCGAGGAGCGAUACUCCCAGGAGCUCAAGGAGUGGAGAGCUACCCUCGGGGAUAGGAAGCUGGCACUAGAAGAAGAAUUCACAGUCCAGCUAGAGGAACAAGAAAGGCAAUCAGCUAGCAGCCGAAUGCCCCCUCCACCUUCAACCAUGCCACAACACAGUUCUACCCUCCAUUCAUCACGGACCAGUCUAGCUUCCAGCCAUUACGACUAGACUUCGCACACACAUAUAGUCUCCGUGACCUUCCACGGAGGUUCAAUAACGUACUUUAAAAACAUCGUACGCUUAAAGAGGACCAAAAAACACUGCCGGAGCUGUGUGUGUGUAAAAAAGACAAACUCACCCAAAUAGUUCGUUUUUUCGCCGCUAGAUGGCGUUGUGUUCAGUAACGUUAGUUGCAUAGGUCGGCGAGAGAUGGCGCUGUUUUCAAUGUUAGACUGAUGUUUUAUUAUGGAUGUAAAGAAUUGAGGUUUUUCUGCGAUUCAGGGAAUCGAUGGAAUAUUAACGAAAUGUGUUUUUAAUAAAUGUACCCGAAUUUUGUCAGCACUUUUCUGUCUAACUUGGGUCAUGUCUUGAAUAAGCUUUCUUCGGUCUCUGCUUUUUGUGAAGAGGCGAACAUAAAAAUUUCGAAUUGAAAGUAACUAAAAUAAACCCCAGUAUUUAUCUACUUAAUUAGGAUUAUGAAAUGGGGCCUAAAACGCACAAAAAUAAGGCUAAUUAAUUGCUUAGUUAAUUUUAACCUUUUCAACGCUAAAAAAUGGCGUCGCUGGCGGGAACUAUCGAAUGUAAAUAAAAUUUAAAAUAAUACAACGUUUUUGAAGAAAUUUUUAGAACUAAUAUUAGGUAGAAUGGACAUUUUAAAAUUUUUAAUGGCGGUUACGCUAAGAGUGCAAGUAUUUUACACGUUUAUUAUGUCUGUAGUGAAAUUGCGUUUUUAAAUUAUUGGAUGGUAUCAACUGUCUUAUAUGAAUUGGAAUAUAAAGGAUGCUUAUAAAAACUUAUCCACGUUUAAUUAAAUCUAGCGAGAAAGUGCUUAUUCUAUUACCGAAAAUAUUCAAUUAUUUUGAAGAAAAUAAUGUUCUGUUUCCGCUCGCAUUAACCUUUUCACCGCCACGCCAUAUCGGUAUUCCUAUGCCCUGUACGCCAAGCCCGAAAAUCUUAAUUAAAUAUCUACUAAAAAAUACAUAAAAGUAAUGAUUUAAUAGGUUUAUUUUGUAUUUUUCUGCGACCUGUUUUUUGUCGAGUAUAGCCGUCGUUGGCGCACAGGGCACGCUUGCUCAUGUCGGCUAUAGCCGACAUUGGCGUUCAAAAGGUUAAAGGCUGUUCGCAAUAUUCUACGUAUAUUUUGUUGUAUUUACUAGAGGUAGGAAUUUCAUAAUAGCCCCAAAUAAGCAUUGUUCGGGGCUAAACAAAACAACAGGGGUCCGAUUCUGCUAAGUUAGUAAUGUCAAAAUUGAAUCGCAAUAGCAGUUUUAUCCUUAGCGGACAUUCUGCUACUUAUAUAAGACCAAUCUUAUUCCAAUGACAUUCGAUUGGUUUGCGACUUGUCUCCCAUUUGGUCUAUACGGUAGUUUGCUCUACAAUCAUAUUGCAAUCGUAAAUCAUUUGCAGACAAUAUGAUUCAAAAUUGAAUCACAGAAACGGAUAAAAACGUUUAUUUAAAAGAAAAAAAUAGCGGAAUGCCACAUACGCUGCAAUCGUAAUUGAGUCGUGAUUGGAUCUCAGUCGGAUGUGAAUCGUUUUUCGCUUAAGUAAAAUUAGUAGAAUCGCUCCCCAGGUAGACGGAAUGUUGUAAUCGGCCAUAAAAGAAUUCGUGUUCUAAUUCGCAUUGCAAAGAUUUUCGACAAAAGUUAUCGUAAAAAAAAGUAAAAGUUAUAAGUGCUGUCUUUAUCAUGGUCACCAUUUACCUGGCUGGUAUUGGCAGCAGUGAAAAAAGGAAUUGAAUAACUAAAGAGGUGCUUUCGCGAAGAUUGAUUGAUAAGCAAUUUUAAUGUGUGUAUUGGGAUUAAUAAAUUAAAGUCUAGGCAUUUGAAGGAAAAAUUAAAUUGCUGGACAGCGUUGCAUCAUUUGUGAAUAGGAAUAAAUAAGAACAUAGGUUCGGUUCAAAACCAAAAGUUUUUUUUUUUUUUCAAAUAACUGCAUAAACGCAAAUCGCAAUUUUUUACCGAUUUGCAAUCCUUGUGUAAGGGUCUUAGUCAAAAAUUGUCUUGCAAUAAAUCAAAAUACUUAAUUAGAAACAAAUUUUGUCUAUAUUAAUAUUUUAGCGUUACUAGCAGUGUUGCCAGGUUAUGAAAAAUAUCAGGAUAGUUAUAAAAAGUUGGGGAUAUAGCAAAAAUGUACCGACAGCUUCUUAUGAUUUUUUAUUAGAUAUUUACUUGUCUAAAAAAGGAGAAAUUAAUAUCUUGGUGGAAUAAUUUCUGUUAGCGGGAAAUUACUGGCAACACUAAAUACUAGGCUUGUGUGGAACUAGUGAAAUAUAAGGCCUAAAAGUGUUCAUAUUUAUGGACAUUAUAUUAAACCCCUUUUUUGCUGUAUUUUAAUAAUGUAGACUGAAAAUGUGGAUUUGUGGAAAAAAAACGUUUAAUAUUUUUUUAAAAGGUGCGAAUAAUUACUUAAACCUAAAUAAAAAUUUGUCAAAAUAAAAUAUGAAACCUUGGAAAGCGUUUAGUGUGAAAAAAAUAGUAAAAUAUGUACCUCUAUAUCUUUGUGCAAAUAUUAACGCAACUUCCUUCAAAAUUACUUCAGACAGUGUUGUAAGCUUAACUUGACACUUAUCGUACAUUAUUCUGAAACAAUACAAAAUUCAAUGUCUUUGUUAAUCCUGUAAAUAUGAAGAAAAGCAGUAACAACGUUGCACAGCGCUUUAAGCCGCAAAUAAUCCAGUUUGAACCGGUUUGUAUAACGGUUGAGCCGCGCCUCAAGCUAGAUUAUUACAUAAAUCAACUAUUUUGAAUUUUGAAAACGUAUCAAUAAGUACAUAAUGAUCAAUGCACUUAGAAUAGAAAAUAAAGAAGAUCAUAGGAAAUCUAAAGCUUUAUUUCACUUGAUAAAAUUCACUAACUAAUUUAGUAAAGUAAAACAGCAUAGAGUGUUAAAGCGGAAGAGAAGUGUCUUCUGACUGACUAAAUAUUAAUUAUAAAGCGGUUUAGUACCUCUAACUCAAAAUAAAUCAUAUAUGAAAACUUGGCUGCAAAACAACACUUUUUGAACGCCAAAAUUUACAAAAGUCAGCCCCAAACGCCCACCCUUCACCACUUUCUGUGUUUUUACUGGUAAGAAGUAAAAUUUGUCAAAUGAUAUAAGGCUUUAAAAAGCGUCGAUAUUACCGCUUUUGCUCAGAAAACCUAAAUGCUUGAGUAUUCCAACAUAAUUGUGAGAUUUUAAAGUAGUUAUGUGAUUUUAUUCACAAAGUGCUCGUCAAAUAAGUUUGCCGUUACGAAGUCGGCUGAUGCUGACUUCACUGCGCAUGUGUGAGGCGUCAAACUUAGGGGCAAAGUUAUUUGAUGAGAAUAUAUCAUAUCGAUUAUGAGAAAAAAAAAAAUACGCUUAUACUUGUAAGUUUCUUACGGAAGUGACUUCCGUAAGUUGUACCUAAGCAGUUGUGAAAAAAAAUAUAAUAAGCGACUUACGGAGUUAUUUUACAUUUGUAAAUUGAUCGUAAGUCAUUUACGUUAGCCACUUACAAGUGUAAGGCGGUUUCAUAAAAAAGUCACGGUUUAUGAAUGUAUGUAGAUUUUGUACAGAAUAAAGUUUAAUUAAGUUCACAUUAAAUUAGUCAGCUUAGAUUUUGACUGACAUUACUGAAUAGGCAAAUAAAAUAAAUAUUUUUUCAUGUACAGUAUAAAAUAAGUAACGUGCCUACUUAAUUUAUGUUUUUAUUUUCUUAUCUAACGGCAAGAGCCCGCAUACUGUGUAAAAAAUAAAUUUUAUUAAAAACUAAAUUAGAAUCGAUUUUCACUUGACGUGAAUUUUAUUUGUUAAUUUAAAUACACAGUCACGCCUGCUAGUCUUCUUAAUAUGCUCAUUGCAAAAAUAAAUAUUUAUUAUUGAAUUAUUUUUCUACAAAAAUUACCAAACUUUACCGCUUUAACUUUCAAAACUGUCAAUGUCAUGCAGUACAAAAUGGCGCGUGAAUAAAAAUUGGCAAGUCACCAUGAAGGUUCGAUAGCUAAGGCAAUGACUAUAAGAAGGCAAUAUACCAGAUUUCUGUACAACAUUUUCUGUCUGCCAUAACAUUUUACUAUUUUCUGUAUUUCUGUAAAAACCAAAGAGAACUUUUUCAAUCUGUUUUAAAAGCGUGUUCAAUUUUGCGGAUAUUUUAUGUAACAUUUUAAAUUAUAUAGCAAUAAAUCAGUUACAAAUACACAAAAACUUUUUUUAAAUGAAAAUAGGUAGGCUUUCGCUGGUUUCUUUUUGCAAUGCUUGAAAAUCCAUCCCCUCAGAAACCGGUUAGUACCAAUCUUUUUCAAACCCCCAAGUCUUUUUUUGGUAAUACAUAAGUUUCUGGUUCUUUAAUUCGACAAUUUUUAUGUUUCAACAAAUGUGAAUAACCGCAUAAUUCUGAUCACACUUUUAAACGCGCUAGUCUUUCGGGCUGAUCGUAUAAAAGACGUAGUUUAUACCUUUUUUUGUAUCUUAUAAGUCGAAACAACGAUUAGGAAGUGUUUUUCUUAAAUUAUUGUAAUAAUAAUUACCUUAGGGGAGGUUCAUAUCUGGCUGAAAAGCGUAUAGUAAAUGUAUGAUCGACGCAGUAACACAACAUCGGUUAGGAGUGAAUGAGUGAAUGUUUUAUCUUAUAUUUGUCUGUUUUUGCGUUACGCGACGUUUCUGUCAGAUAUAAAUAUUCCCUUAAAAUUAGACCUGCGUUAUUUUACAUAGAAUUAAGUGUAAAGAUUUCAUUUUUAGAUUUAAAGCGAACUUUACCCUUUAUUGUACAUUGCUUUUUAAAAUAAUUUUUAAGUUAAAAAUAUACGAGAAAUGUGUAUUAGUAGUAAGGAGGCUCAAUAUUUGAAAUGGAUAUAUUAAAUUAAAAUUACUGACUGAAUGUGAAAAAUGUAAGCUUCGGAAGAGUCCGACAUUUUCUUACUUUCAAUUUGUUUUGUAUUCAUUUCAAAUAAUUGAAUUUCUUGAUUUUAAACCCCUGAAAAUGUUAAAUAACUGAUUAUAAAAUCAGAAACGAUUGUCGGCACUCGUAGACAACUAUAGAGCGUCCGCAAAAAGCGUACUUUGAAAUAAUAAUUUUCACCCGAAAUUAUUAUUAAUUUGUAAAUAUUGAACAUAAAAUAUAAACUAAUUAAAGCAUUUUUUAAUAUGUAAACAUAAUUUGAGAGAUUACCACAGUAUUUUGUGUAAAAUUUUUAUUUUAUUUUUUUAGUUUUAACAAAAUAGCCAUAACCAUCUUUUUUAAUGUUAAUUUUUGUCAAUUAAAAGUGACUAAAUUAUUGUUAAAUUUUUUUGAGAUAUAAAGGAAAUACACUUUGUAA